CCAAGAAGAAUAAACCAAGAACAGUAAAUAUGGUUCCUCGUACUUUCACAGUGUUCACCAUCUUCAUCUUCGCAAUCGUUCCUCAAAUUCAGUUCCAAAAGAUUGGAUUGCUUCGGCGUGCAAUGACCCACGCCUCAUUCUCUGAAGAGAACAACAAGGCACUGAGCAUUCUGGGUGCCAGUAUCAUAGACACAUCUGCCUCUUUACGACUACUUGGGAAAAAUAUUGAGAUUUCUGCAAAAGAAGUGAACCGUCGUAUAUCAGAGAUCUCCAAGGUUGAAUCUUCCUGUGCUGCUGAUGGGCUGCGAUUGGAGCUGCAUAAGGUGGUUAGAGUCUCUUCCAAGACUAAUAGUUCAGCUCCUGUGGUAGUUUGUGGGGCUUUCAGAGCAAUCUUUGGUGCCAUUGCAUUAGAUUUUGGGAAGUCGGAUGAUGCUGGAAGCAUAUUCUGGGUUGUUCAUGGCGGUGAUGUUGGAGGAGUCAUGGCAGUUUGA